UUACUGUCGUUUAGUUGAAAGGAGAAAACAACAAAACCAGGAUAAUUUCGUAAUACGUAUAUGUGGCUCUAGAGCAACACUCUUUCUCAGUACAGCUGCCUCUGUAAUCUCUCUCUCCUUCCUCAGUCCAUUGACAGCUUUACAGGUCUCAGAAACUAGAGAAGGAAUGAUGUCUGCAACCAUAUGCCAUUCUAAUAUAUUCUGCUAUUACACAAAGCAAGCUCCAUUACACCCAGCUGUUGGAAUACGGAUCCAAAAUCAUCUCUUUUCAAAAACCAACCAAACCCACCCCAAGAAAAUUUUAUCUCGUAAAUUUUUUGUAGUUGCUGUAACGGAAGGUUCAGCUAAAGCAAGUAAGUCUGAAGAAACUAUUCCAUCUUGGGCUAAACCAGAUUCGGAUGAGCCCCCUCCUUGGGCUAGGGAUGAAGCCAAAGACUACUCAUUGCAACAGGGCUUUGAGAUUCCCUUUUAUGUAUAUUUACUUGCGUCAACAAUCACUGCAAUUGCUGCUAUAGGUUCAAUUUUUGAGUAUGUGAACCAGAAGCCUGUUUUUGGAAUUCUCAACUCGGACAGCCUUUUUUAUACUCCAUUGCUGGGAUUCUUUGCGAUUACUGGCAUCCCAACUUCUGUGAGCUCUUUUAUUUCAUUUCCCUCUUUUUUGAAAUCAUAG